UCCAAAUGUUGGGUUGGAUCCAUCUCGGUGUCAUUAUGGCCAGCAUAGACGUCUUAACAAGAAGGUUUAAAACACAUGGAAAGAUGUACAGUCAAGAUUUACGUGAGAAAACCUUUGCAGACUGGCCCUUUCGAGAGGAUUGUAACUGCACACCUGAAAAGAUGGCCAAGGCUGGCUUUGUGCACUGUCCCAGUGAGAAUGAGCCAGAUGUUGUCUGCUGUUUCUUCUGUUUGAUCGAACUGGAAGGAUGGGAGCCUGAUGACGAACCAUGGAAUGAACACAUAAAACGCUCACCUACUUGUGGGUUCCUCACCAUGAAGAAAUACUUUAUCCACCUGACUGUGCCGGAAUUUUACCAUGUUGAGAAGGAGAGGAUAAAGGUUUUUGUUAGAAAAGUUUGUCAUAAGAGGAUGGCAUAUCUUCGGGAUGAGAUCGAUGAGGUCCUUGAGGUCAUUAAAUUGUUACAUUAAACUUGCAUUUGAUUAUUGUGCACAAUAUAAAUAAAGUGUUGUAUUUGUGUUACAUA